AUGUACGUCAAGACACUCAUCCAACUGGUUACCGCCGCCGCUGGGAUUGGCCCGGACAAGGCCGCCAACUUCACCCCCGGGGCCGCCACCAACCAGGCGGCCAACUUCAUCCUCCCCGGCAUCACCUACUCGGCAUACGGAUGCGGCGACGAGUGCCAAUCAGCCGUCAGCCAGGCGCUGCCGUCCGACAUGCUCUCCGUCGGGCUCGACUUUGACCACGCCUUCUACGCCACCGCGCCCAACUUCACCACCCGCCUGCCGCCCGGCGAGGUGCUCAAGUUCGAGACGCUCGACGCCAACGACAAGCUGCUCGUCAGCUCCGGCACCAGCCUGUUCCGGCUGCAGUACACCUCGCGCGACCUCGACGGCUCCGUCGUGCCCGCCACCGCGUUCGUCGCGCUCCCGCAGGCCCGCAGCACGCGAGACAACAGCAGCGGGGGGCUCCCGGUGGUGGCGUGGGCGCACGGCACGGUCGGGCUGUUCGCCGGGUGCGCGCCGUCCAACGGGCCGGGCAUGUACGACUACGGCACGUGGCAGCCGCUGGUGCAGCGCGGCUACGCCGUCGUCGCCACCGACUAUGCCGGCCUCGGGAGCAACUACACCACCCACAAGUACCUCUCGCACCGGGCGCACCUCGAGGACGUGUACCACUCGGUGCGCGCCGCCCGCCGCGCCCUCGGAAGCCACGUGCUCGGCGACCGCUGGAUGGCCGCCGGCCACUCGCAGGGCGGCGGCGCCGCGUGGAAGCUCGCCGAGAGCGCGCUCGUCCGCAACGACAGCGCGUACCUCGGCACCGUCGCCCUCGCGCCCGCCACCCACGUCGUCGACAUGUUCCUCGACCACCUCGCCGACAACACCCCCGCUUUGCUCGGCUACUUCACCUACCUCCCCUUUGCCCUCGCCCGCGGCCUGCCCUCCCUCAACGGGAGCGGCCUCGCCGCGCCGCCCAUGCAGCUCCGCCUCCGCCUCGCCGAGCGCGCCCAGGUCUGCAUCGCCGGCAUGUUCGCCAUGGUCAAGGGCCUGAGCAAGAGCGAGAUCAUCGACGAGGAGGGCGUGGCGCGCGGGAGGGGGCAGAUGCGCGCGUGGCAGCGGGAGCACAGCGCGGCGCAGGGGGACAGGUCGCCGGCGCCGGUGCUGGUGGUGCAGGGCGAGGCGGACACGACGGUGCUGAUGGGGACGACGCGCGCGGCGUGGCGACGCGCGUGCGAGGCGGGCAACGAGGUCCACCUGAGGCUGUACGAGGGCCAGGAGCACUCGGCCACGCCCGAGGCGGCGGCGCCGGAGUGGCUCGGCUGGAUCGACGAGAGGUUCUACGGCCGGGUCGGGGCGGGUCGGAACUGCACGGAGCUGGUGCGCGGUCUGUUUGCGGGUAAUGAUACCAAGGCAGCGACAGAGUAG